AAAUGUAAGUUUUAUCCUCAACUAAGUUUUGUCCUAAAGUAAGGACCUCAGUCCUAUUAUAGAUUUUCUCUGUCGGAUGGCAACUUGAUCAAAAUGCUGCAGCACCAAUGGCGGGAAACUAGAUUUUUGUCCUUUAUCCGUACAUCGACAAUGUCAGUACCACCAAAUUACAAGGCCUUUACACCGUACUCUGAUAGAAACCCUCAUCUGCGUAUUUACUACAAAAACGAAACAGUUAAUGAAUUAAUCAAAUCCGGGCGUUUAAACGAUGCGCAAAACCUUUUCAACCAAAUUUCUACGAGAGAUAGCAUCACAUAUAACUUGCUAAUUUCUGGGCACGGUCGAUAUGGGAAUCCAAAGCAAGCUCUGUAUCUUUAUAGGGAAAUGGUUUCACAAGGAAUCAAAGAAACUGGUCCUACAUUUUCUUCUGUGAUUACAGUUUGUGGGAGUGGAAGAUUUUAUAGAGAAGGAAUUCAAGUUCAUUGCAGGGUGAUUUCACUUGGGUUUGGAUUGAAUUUGUUUGUUGGAAGCUCACUUGUGAAUUUUUAUCUGCAUAUGGGACUUGAUGAGGUGGCUUUGAAGUUGUUUGAUCAAUUGUCUGAGCGGAAUUUAGCUGUAUGGAACUUGAUGUUAAAUGGGUUUUUGGAGCUUGGUAAAAUAGAGGAAUUAUUUGGGUUGCACGACCAAAUGGAAUGGGAGGGAAUCAAGCCCAAUGGACUUAGUUUUUGUUAUUUGAUUCGUGCUUGUUGUAAUGGGAGGUUUGUUAAUGAAGGAAAGCAGUUGCAUUGCCAUGUGAUCAAGGCUGGAUGGGUGGAAUGCAAUGUUUUUGUUGCCAAUGCUUUGGUAGACUUUUAUUCUGCUUGUGGAAAUUUCAUUAAUGCUAGGAAAGCAUUUACGUUAAUUCCAGUUGAAGAUGUGAUAUCAUGGAAUUCAGUCAUUUCUGUAUAUGCAGAGAAUAAUUUGUUGUGUGAUGCUGUUGAAUUAUUUAGUAGGAUGCAUUUCUGGGGGAAAAACCCUUCCAUUCGUUCUUUUUUGGCGUUCUUGAAUUUAUCUAGUAGAAGAGGGGAUAUUCUAUUUGGGAGGCAAAUUCACUGUUUUGUUAUGAAAAUAGGUUUCGAUUCAGUAAGUGUUCAUAUUCAGUCAGCUUUAAUUGAUAUGUAUGGAAAAUGUGGUGACCUUGAAAACUCUCGGUCUGUAUAUGAGAGUGCUUGUAAGAGAACUAUGGAGUGUUGUAACUCAUUAAUGACCUCUUUGUUGUACUGUGGUAUCACUGAAGAUGUGUUUGAGAUGUUUGGUUUGAUGGUUGACGAAGGAAUUGGGAUUGAUGAGGUUACUCUCUCCACAACUCUGAAAGCGUUAUCGGUGUCUAGUUGGGCAAGUUUGGACAGCUGCAGACUGUUGCACUGUUGUACUAUAAAAUACGGUUAUGAAUCUGAUAUUGCAGUUUCAUGUUCUCUUAUUGAUGGGUAUUCAAGAUGUGGGCAUUUUGAACUCUCUUGCCAGGUUUUUGAGACACUUACUUCACCAAAUGUCUUCUGCUUCGCAUCUAUGAUAAAUGGAUAUGCCCGAAACGGGAUGGGGAGAGAAGGUGUCAGCCUGUUGGAAGCAAUGAUCCAGAAGGGCCUGAUCCCUGAUAAAGUGACAUUCUUAUGUGUUUUAAGUGGGUGCAACCAUGCAGGGUUGGUUGAAGAAGGGAAGUUUGUGUUUAACUUGAUGAAAUCUUUUUAUGGUAUUUGCCCAGAACAGCAGCAUUUUUCAUGUAUGGUAGAUCUUUUAGGCCGUGCAGGUCUGCUGGAUGAAGCUGAGAAGUUGCUGCAACAGGUACCAGGAGGGGGAGAUUCUGUAAUGUGGAGUUCAUUGCUGCGGAGUUGUAGGCUCCAAAAGAAUGAAAUGGUGGGAAAAAGAGCGGCAAAAGUUUUGAUGGAGCUUGGGCAGGAGGAUUUUGCCAUUUAUUUGCAGGUGUCAAAUUUUUAUUCUGAAGUUGGGGAAUUUGAAGCCUCAUUGCAAAUAAGAGAGAUUGCUAUGGCAAGAAAAGUGAUGAGAGAGAUUGGUCACAGUUUAAUUGAGGUCAAGACUUACAGUUAACAUUCAUUUCUUAUACUGAUGAAAUUUUACAGGCAUAGUCAUCCAACAGAGAACUUUGGAACAGUGCUUGCUCUUCUGUUUCAGCUUUAUUUCCAUGAAACUGGAACCUGGUUGUGAAUCUGCAUCUUCUGCUUAAAUCUUCUAAAGAGCAGUUACUUUAGUUUGAAGUCCUUGGCUUGAAACAGGAAAAGGACCUUUUGCCCCCUGUUUCGCUUUCUUAUUUAGGGGACAUCUUUAGCAUAAUUGGAGAGCUUGAAGACCUGGACAUAGAAGAAGAAGAUGCAGAACUAUAUGAGAUCCC